AUGAAGUACUUUUUGUGUCUUAUUUUUUUGGCCACGUCUGUGGCAGGCCGUUUUGACAAUGAAUACUAUCAACUUUUGGCCAAGGAAAAUGCGGAUAAGAAUUUAAUCACAUCACCGCUUGCCCUCAAGAUCGUCUUGGCCCUGGCUUACGAGGGAGCCAAGGACAACACGGCCGUGGAACUGAAAAAUGUUUUAGAUUUGGCAGAAAGGGAAGAUGUGGCUGGCCAGUACAAAGCGUUUUUCAAGGUUCUGGCAAAGCGUGAGGCAAAUCUGGCCAUUGAUAUUGCCAAUAGCAUUUAUGUAAAUGAAAAAUUCCAUAUAAUUCCCGAGUUUAGCAAGUUGGUCACGGAGUCCUUCAAAUCGCAAGCUGUAGGCAUUAGUUUGGGGAAUGCCGAAAAGAGUGCAGAAAUUGUUAAUAAUUGGGUCAAGGAAAAGACGCGUGACAAGAUCCCGAAUGCCGUUACGGCCAAGAAUAUCGAUGCAAAACUUCAAAUUUUGCUGGUAAAUGCUUUUUCGUUCAAAGGAAAUUGGCUGUUUAAGUUUCAUGCGAUGAAAACAAAAAACGAAAACUUCACACCGGCAUCUGGCAAGGUAGCUCCCGUCAAGAUAAUGUCGCAAUAUGGAUUCUUUAAAGCCGCCGACUGGCCCGAAAUUGAUGCCAAAGUCUUGCAGUUACCCUAUCACAAGUCGAGCCUCUCCAUGUUCAUCUUUCUACCCAACAAACCCAAUGGCCUGGGUGCUUUGGAGAAUAAAAUUGGGGAUUUCAAUUACACAAAUCUGACUAGCAGACGGGUGCACAUAAAGCUGCCAAAGUUCAAGAUUGAUUUUGCAGCAGAACUUUCCGGCAUUCUCAAAAAGUUGGGCAUCGUCGACGCUUUUGGUGCUAAUGCCAAUUUGCAAGAUCUUGUGCAAGAGAAAGGUGCUGCGAUCAGUAAAGUCAUCCAGAAAGGCCUCAUUGAGGUCAAUGAGGAGGGUUCUGGAUUUAUUUCCAUGAUAGGGAUUCGUGAUUCCUUUAUUUCCAUUAAGCCCCUACUUAGUCCUUUGGACUUUCAAGCCGUUCAUCCCUUUGCCUAUGUCAUUCGGGAUGAGAAAUCCAUUUAUUUCCAAGGACACUUUGUCAAGCCGGAGUGAUGGAAAAUAUACUAUACCGUUGCCAUCUUGGGCUGUUGUGCCUGUACUUUGCAGGCAAGGCAUAUCUCACGAUAUUAGGCAAACGUGAUCUAAAAUUUUAAGCGAGAACUCUUGAUAAUAUAACAA